CAAACAGUUUUCCAUCAAUUUUUAUAGUUAGUUGCACAUCGACAUUACAACGAACAGUUUAUAAAUCAUUCGAUCUCUAUGAAUUACCGGAAAAUGAAUUUUCAUUGGUGCGUGAUUGUUUUUGCCAUAUUUUCUGCCGUUUGUGACACGAAAAGUGUGAGCUGCGACGGUUCCGAACACUGUGAUAAAACUACAACGAGUGAAAUCGAAAAAAGUACAGAAAUCUUCGUGCCUGAUGAGAAGAACCAGCUUGAAGCACUCAAGGAAAAUGUAGGUAGAGUAGGAAAUAAGUUAGAAGGGAUAGUUUAUGAAGUUCUUAAAGAUAUACUCAGAGAUGACCUAGAUUCAGAUCGUUCAAACCAGUUAUCGAAAGAAACAAAACCAGUCAAUGAAAUAUCCUUCAAUAAAAUCAAAUCCACGUCCUCCAACGAAAAUAAAAAAGAAUCUUCUAUUAACAAGCCGAAAAUUUUCAUCAAAAAUGAAUUAUUGCCAAAAACUAACGGAACCAUUUCCAAUUCAACCGAAAAUAAUUCGAAUCCUUCCCUGUAUAAUUACCAACUACUCGCUAGUAACAUUCCCAUAACAGAAUCUAAUCUAGCAUCAUCCAUAGCUGAUACAAAUAUCACUCAAACAGUCGUAACAACUGAAGCUAAUUCAAAACCUGUAACAAAAAUAUAUUCUAAAAUAAGCAACCCAGAUUCUUCUUCUACUGAGAAAUCUAGAGAAAAAAGAAUGGUUCAUGAGAACCCAGAACAAACGCUAUCAGUUGAGAAUUUUCUGGAAUCGAAUCAAGAUAAAAAUUUAAAUUUUCCUGGGGAGUCUAGAGGAAGCCAAAUGAGUGACCCACUCAUCAUGGGGACUGAUGAGAUGAGAUCAAAUUCAAAACAGGAUCCUGUUAGGAGGGAUCCGAAAAAAGAACCAACGGAAGGCAAUAGAAACAAAAGACCCCAAGAUGAAGUCGGUAUGAGGCAACUUCCUAUGCCAGACAAUCCUCCACCAUUUGAAGCUACAGGGAUAAUCUCAAAUAAAAAAUCACAAAACCAUGCAAACUCCGAAAACCACACAAUAGAAUCCCAGAAAAAACACAAAUCAUCAUCAGAAACACAAAGACCGCAGAGAAGAAAGAUGGUUAUGUCAGAAGAUCAUCCUGAUUUCCGUUAUCAAAUUCGCCAGGAAACUAAGAACGUUCAACGCAAUCAUGAUGGAAUUCAAGACCGGAGAUCCGAUGUUAAAUCUGAUUCCAAGACUAUUCAUACCCAUACGAAGAGCGACGAUCACUUUGAAGGAAUGUCGAAUCGAAGAACCAAUUCAGAUUUAUCUGAUUUUCAAUUUCCACUACAAAUCGAGAUGAAAAGAGGUCCCAAUAAAAAUGAAGAGAUGGUGAUCUCGAGAUCAAAUCCAGAUUCUUCCGAAUCCGGAUUUCCAACUCAUUCAGAAAUGAGAAAACUUUCGAAGAUAGAAGCCACAAAUAAAAAGGCAAGUGCAACAGAGGAUAUUGGUGAUUCAAGACUUGGACAAGCUUACAUGUGGGCGAAUCCACCAUCCAAUUGCUACGAAAAAAAUAACAGGGAAGAAGUGUUGGAAAAACAACACAUAGAAGACUUGAAAUACGAAGUGAAUAAGCUCAGAUCAGUAGUGGAUCUUUUGAAAGAGCAGCAACGGCUUAUAAAUUCAUUCGAAGGCGAUAAGAAGAAUAUGAAUACUCAAGAAAUGUUGAACGUUUUGAAUCAGAUAAAUAAUCCCAAUGAAACACCAAGUUCGAUGGAAAAAACUCAAUAUGCAGUGGACACCACAAACAAAGCGAAUCAUGAAGAGUUAGGACACAUCAAAAUUCAACUGAAAGAUGCCAUCGAAAAUCUGAAUAGAACUCAGGAGAUUCUUAAUUUAGAACACAAGAAGGAAGUGGAUUUGGAAAAGGAUUUGAAGAAUACGAAAACUGAGAUUAAUUGGCUAAAAUUGAUAAUAGAGAAUUUCAUUAUCGAACAAGCCAAGAAGAAGCUGAAGGAAGAUAAUAAUGGCUCAAAAGUAAUGGGUGAAGGAUUAAAAACAGUGAAUGAAACUACUCUAGUCGGGGCAAGAAAUCCAACGACUUCAAUCAAGAAAGCUCAUAAUCGAACUAUUCCAAGUACAGUGAAGAUGGCAGAAGAGAAGCUUUUAGAAUUAGGAGAAAUGAGGUCUCGAGAAAGUUCUUCGAAUGAUAUCGAUGAAAUACAAACGAAGAAUUUGAGACUAAGUUCACCAAAAAGUAGGGCUAGCAGUGCUUCAAAUAUAGAGAAAUUACUAGACAGUCUGAAUGACAAGCAAUCAAAGACUAUCGACGAUGAUGACAACUUUCAGAAUAGGCUAAUAGAAGCAAUGAAGCAAGUAAGAAGGAAAAAAGAAGAAGAGUCCUUCACUAAAGAUAUCCUGAGAAAAAUACAAAUGAACACUAUAGAAAGUAAAUCAGAAGAUGACAUGCUUCUGAAGUUUCAAAAAGCUUUGAAGGCUCUAGAUAACCCACAAAGUAAAACCGAUGACUUGGACAUUGUAGACCAACUCAAGGUACUUCAGAGGGAGAUUAGCAAACUCAAAUCAAAUGAUGAUUUAAAUUUGCCUUCUGAUGAUGUGAAAACCCCCGGAAUAGAUAAUGCUCAACUUCAAAUAAUGUUGAAAAACUUGAUCGCUAACAACCCACAAUUCCAAUUGCAAGGAGGUAAAGUACCCCCUUUAACACCACAGCAGCUGAUACAGUUACAAAAGAAAUUCGGAAGUCAAGGCAUGGUACCCCAAGGAAUAUUAAAUACAGGCAUAGGAGGCGUUGGAGUAGGAGUUGGAACUGACUUUGGAGUUUCACCACCAGCUCCACUCAUGAAUUCAUUCCCAAUUGGAAUUGGAAAAGUUGGACCGUUGUUUGGACCCUAUAAUCCGAACGUGGGUCCAUAUGGUGCUCAUGGAUAUGGCAAGGACCUCGAUCUAACCUCAUCUCUUGGUUCAUACCCUGGAUACGGUUUAGGACAAGACUUAUCGAAAAUAAUGUCCUAUGGGCCACAAUCGAGCAACACUUACACCUCUUCUAAUGGAUACAAUGAUUACACCGCCAAGCUUGGAUAUUUCGGAGCCAAUAAUGGCUAUGGCAGCUACGGUUCAGGACCGGCAUCAGGAAAUUCCUACCCUUCAAAUGGCAACAACUAUCCUAUUCCACCCCUUGGACUUUACAGUUCUUCCAAAACUCCUUAUGGGGGUUAUAUGCCUGGUUAUGGCAAUAAGUACACCACACCAUAUAAGAACCCUUAUAAAUCUCAAGACAAUGGUUAUUCGAUGGGUCCUUACAACAAUCAACCACUGACUUAUAGUAAUCCAGCAUAUGGACCAAAGGUUGAUCAGUAUAGCAAUGACAAGCAAAGUUAUGGAAAUAACAAUUUUUUUCAGAUGGCACAGCCUAGUUCCUAUGGAAGUGGUCCACCAGCACCUUAUCUGCCUCCAAAAACAAUUGAUGCACCAGGUCCAGAAAAAAUUUACGGAAAUCAACCACCGUAUGCCACUGGAAAUUCACCGUAUGGGUCGGACAAAAUCGAAGAACUGAAGACUCAAAUCUACGCACUCCAAAAUGCAAUCAGCACCUACAAUAGGCCCGAGUACACACAGACCGCCGAAGACAAAAGCACCAUACACAAUCUAGAACAGCAAAUAGAAGAAUUGAAGGGGAUAGUGAACUCUCUGAAUGGUUACUCAGGUGAGCAACAGAACUAUCCUUCACUAGGACCAAGUCAAUAUGAACCAAAUCCAUAUAAUUCCCCAAUUGAUCCGAAGAAUGCUGAUAGCUUCAACAGGGAUAACGAGAAAAAAACAAAAAGAUCAAUAAAUGAUGCAGGAUCAGAAAAUAAAUCUGAAUCUACAAAUGUAGAGGAGCGUGUUGAAAAUCAUAACAACGAUGGUGCAUGGAAUAAAAUCACAUCGUUUUUUAAGGAAACAAUAGAAGAAUUCGAUAAACCUAGCAACAAAACAAAAAGAAGAAAAAGAUCUGUUGAUGACAACAUGUUAGAAGAUAAUUCGUCUUCAAACGUAAUGGACAAAUUAACAACUGUCUUGAGGGAAGUUCUUGAAGAUGAUACGGAUAAUACACCAAAAUCGAUGUUUGGAGGCUCCAUGUCACCGAAUACGAUGAAUUCUUUAUCUAGGUCUGCAGAAAAUCAACAAUCCAACAUGAUUCCGAAACAAACAUCACUUCAGGAUAUCAAGAAUCGGAUUGACCAUCUUAAGAAACAGCUAGAAAAUCCGAAGCCAUCUAACGAAGCUCCUGAUAAAGCAAGAUCUGCUGAACAACCUGGUCAAACUGCUCGUUCUUCAUCUCGACACUCCCUUCUGCCUGAACCAUCCUACGGUUUCAACUACGCCCUGAAUAAAUUCUCUCCAGAUUUGUCAGUCAAAUCGAAAAAACUGGAUAUUUUCAAGGAAAUCGUGGCAAGGGUGAUGGACAAAGUUAUCGAAUCGCUGCCAGUUAUCCUGCAGAAGUUAUUCGGCUUUGCUGUUCACGAAUUAACAGCUUAUGGCGAUGAUUACAGUACUGCAUAUGGGGCAGAGAGCAGCUAUCUAUCCGUCUUCAGAAACCUUGGUAUAUUCGGCUACCUACCCUUGAUCUUGUUAAGGGUAGUGAAUGCCAUAUCAACCUUUAUUUACAUCCUGCAGAAAAACAAGUUCUUGAAAUACUUCUUGGUACCAGCCGGUGUGGUUUUGUUGGUAACCGGUGGUAUGGUGUUCUUGAUUUGGUGGAUGCAGCCAGGUGAUUUUUACGUGAAUUAUGAUAAGUUAUCGUACGAUAAGGAAUCAAGUUAUGGAGGUGAUUACUACGCUGGAGAAUAUGGGAAGAAUAAUGGUCAGAUCGUGAAAACGUAUAAUUCCGAAGAUGGAAAAUCUAGAAUUCAUCCGUACAACAACGGUGCAGAUGCUAAACCAUUGCAACCUACUGGUUAUCCUGCAUUCUACAAACCAAAUCUUGUGGUUCCUUCAGACAAUCAAUUGCCUGUGUACAAUGAAUAACUUUUUUUACUUUGAUAAAGAAAUAUUUUGA